AUGGCGGGAGAUGAGGCUGAGCCCCAGGUGCGACGCCGUUGGCGGGUCAAGGAGGAGAUCCCGCGGCCCGUGGCCAACGUCGCCUCGCGGGUGGUGUGGUUCUUGGGCCGCCGCUGUGUGGAGCUGUUGCUGCCCUCAGGCCAAGUCCGCAGCUCCUCGCUGGCCGUGUCGGUGAAGCCGGGGUCCCGGGCUGCGAUGGACGCCGAAGGCCGCGUCUUUGUGUUGGAGAACGGCAGCAGCGCGGUGUGGCAAGUGACGGGGGCGCUGGAGCUGCUAAGCCAAGGGGUGGAGGCCUCGCGGUUCCGGUCCUCCCUGGGCUCGCGCUUCGUGCAGUGCGGGGACCAACUGCUCGUCACCGGCACGCCAGGUCCGGGCGCCCACACGCCAUGGCUCUUCGACCUCCAGAGCCGCACUUGGCAGCGCUUGCCCGAUGCCCCGCAUGCCAUCCUCUCCAGCGCCGUGGUGUGCUCCGACGAGGUGACCAUCAUAGGUGGGUGGAGCAAGAUGCGCAGCUGCCAUGGGUUCACUCAGCGCCUGAACCUGCGCGCCGGAGGGUGGCAGGUGCUGGGAGACCAGGUGCCUUGGCGGCGCCCGGGUGCCGCCUGCAGCUGGGGUGCUGGGGCACUGCUGGCCUUGGGAUGGAUGGAGUGCGAGGGCCGCGUGGGCGCCGACGGCUUCCGCCUGCUGCGGCGCAACGGGGCGGCCCAGCGCGCCCAAAGCUCGUCCUCGCGCCUGGUGGCGCUGCAGCCGAGUGCGAGCGGCGCGGGCGGGCUGCGGGUGCAGGAGGUGGCAGAGCUGCCGCACGCGGAUUCCUUUGAAAGCCUUGGCCAGAUCUUCCCCAGCAAACUGGGGGUGGUGUGCCUGGGCCGGGACCACGUGCAAAUCUUCGGGGCGACUGGGCGGACCUGGCAGUCCUGGCAGUCCUGGCCCUUGCCGCAGGAGCUGGCGCGGGAUGAGAGCAACUCCUGGGUGAAGCACUGCGGCUCCUGGGCCGUGGCUUUUGAAGACCUGUGA